AAUGCAAAGUCCGAGACCUUUUGGUUUAUUCGAACUAAGCAUCAGGAAUAUAAGAAUUUGCGAAUCGUAUAAUGAAAAUUCGGCAAAGGGAGCUAAAAUUGCUACAAUAGGAACGUUGAUUACCUUAAUUAUUGUCUUUACUAUUAAGGCUUUGGUCGAAAAAAAGGAUUAUGUUGAAAAUAUACCUUUUUUCGUUGCUUUUGGCAUUCUGAUAAUUAUAGUUUUUAAGAAGUUAUUCUACGUAAAACUUCGAAAUUUAUGGAAGAAAUACAAUGUUUGUAAUAAACACAAAAGUUUGAAACUAUUAUCAAAAUAUUCAAGAUGGAUUAUUAACGUUCUCGUUUUAAUAGCAUCGCUAAUCUUUUGUAUAGUUGAUACUAGAAAGGGUGAUGGGGAAAGAUUAAAACCCCUUGCAGCAAUUGUUUGUCUAUUUUUAAUAUCAGUUUUAUUAUCCAAGGAUAGAUCCAAGAUUCCAUGGGCGAUUGUUUUAUCGGCCUUUGCUACUCAGUUCAUUCUGGGAUUCAUAACUUUAAGAUGGAAUGUUGGUAAAUCAGUUCUUGACUAUAUCGGGAAAAGAAUAACAGACUUUCUAAAUUUCGGAAAUGAGGGUGCUAGGGCCGUAUUCGGAGAUAAAAUGUGGGAUCAUUGGAUGGUUAUGCAAGCAAUGCCAAUAGGUAUCUACUUUAGCGCAUUUAUUGCUUUACUAAACUACUGGGGUAUAUUUCCUAUCGUUAUCAAAACUCUUGGAUCAGUUAUACGCCUAUGCUUGGCUAGUUCUACUAUAGAGAGUUUCGUAGCUGGUGCUAAUAUCUUUGUUGGUCCAACGGAAUCAGUGGUUGCAAUAUCUCAUACUCUAUCUAAGAUGACUACUUCUGAAUUACAUACAAUUUUAGCUUGUGGAUUUGCAACGCUUUCUGGCGGAACAAUGGCAAUGUAUAUUUCAUUUGGGGUUUCGCCUGUUCAUAUGCUUACUGCAGCGGUAAUGUCAGCUCCAGCGGCGUUGCUUUUUUCCAAGAUAUUAAGACCGGAAAUUGAAAAUUCUGUUAUUCAGGAUAACGACAGCAUUAAAUUUAAAAAAACCGGAGAUGUUAACUUUUUGGCUGCUAUUUCAAGAGGAGCGGAAAAUUUUCUAAAAGUUAUGGGUUAUUUAGUAGCUAACUUGUUAGCAUUCACAGCAGUUGUUCAUGCUCUAAACGCUUUUGUUAGAUGGUUUGGUAUAAGAGUUGGUGUUCAAAUCACCUUUCAAAAAAUCUACUCGUACAUUUUUUAUCCAUUGGCUUUUCUAAUUGGUGUUCCAGCAAAGGAUUGUUUAAUUGUGGGUGAGAUGAUAGGGCAAUCGAUAUUGAUGAAUUCCUUCUUCUCCUAUAAAACUUUGGGUGAUCUCAUAAAAAAUAGACUAGAGGGGAAAGAUCCUCAGAUAUCGAUAAAAGCAGAAACUGUUGCAACCUACGCAGUUUGUAAUUUUGCCAAUUUUGGCUCAAUCGGUAUGAACUUAGGUUCGAUAGGAGGGUUCGCUCCGGAAAAGAGGCCAGUUUUAUCGAAAAUCGCAAUUUCGGCUUUGCUCAGCGGUAUUAUGGCUUCUCUAAUGACGGCUUCUAUAGCUGGUAAGGCAAAAUGGUAA